UUCAGACCAGCGCUCAUGGAGCCGUCCAGUAAACCUGGUUCCAACCAGGUGGCUGACGUGGUGUUUGUCAUCGAAGGAACGGCAAACCUCGGACCAUAUUUCGAGUCUCUAAGGAAAAACUAUAUUCUUCCAGCUAUUGAAUAUUUCAAUGGAGGACCGCCAGCAGAAACAGAUUUUGGUGGAGAUUAUGGCGGAACACAGUAUGGUCUGGUUGUGUUCAACACGGUGGACUGUGCUCCGGAGUCGUACGUCCAGUGUCACGCUCCCACGAGUUCGGCCUUCGACUUUGUUUCGUGGAUCGACAGCAUCCAGUUUAUGGGAGGUGGAGCAGAGAGCUGCAGUUUGAUUGCAGAGGGACUUUCGGUGGCCUUGCAGCUGUUUGAUGACUUUAAAAAGAUGAGAGAGCAAAUAGGUCAAACCCACAAGGUGUGUGUGCUGCUGUGUAACUCUCCUCCGUACCUGCUGCCGGCCGUGGAGAGCGUCAGCUACACCGGCUGCACGGCAGACAACUUAGUCAAAAUCAUCCGAGACAGAGGAAUUCACUUCUCUGUGGUGGCUCCUCGGAAACUGCCCGCUCUCAGGGCUUUGUUUGAGUGGGCGUCUCCGGUGGGGGGGGGCGUCGAACCCGUCACCGACUACAGUCAGGACCCCUUCCACAUGGUUCUAGUCAGAGGAAUCUCACUUCCCCUUUCCUCAGGUGGAGGCCCCGGCCCGCUCAAGCCCGUCCUCCCUCCCCAGCCGCUGACUGCCAGCCAGCCUGUUGCUCCGCAGGCGCCUCCACCCAUUAACCCCCCCAACCCGUACCAGAACCCGGCCUCCCUGACUCCUGCUCAGAUGGCUGCACAGAUGGUGGUGGACCACGCCAACAACCAGAAGAACCGCUUCCAAGGAAUGGGCAACCCCGGUCCUCCGUUCACGAGCCAGCCAACCAUCCCAUCCGUUCCCGGGAUGGGCCUCACUCAGCCCAGCAUAGCAACAGUUACCACAGCAACCAAGCCAAUAAUGCAGCAUCAAGUUCCUCCCAAUCAGCAGCAGCAGGUCCCGCCUCCAGGACAACCGGCACAGAAUCAGCAGCCGCAGCAGCCGCCGCAGCAGCAGCCGCCCCCGAACCAGCCCCCUCUCUCAGGACAGUCCGCCAUGGCUGCUGUGGCUGCAGGUCAAGCCAACGCCACGACGAUGGGACAACCUCAGGGUCUAGCAAAUAAAAUAGUGGCGUGGACCGGAGUUCUGGAGUGGCAAGAGAAACCCAAAGCCUCGUCUAUGGACUCGGCCACCAAACUGACGCGCUCGCUGCCGUGUCAAGUGCACGUCAACCAAGGAGAAAACCUCAACACAGACCAGUGGCCGCAGAAACUCAUCAUGCAGCUGAUUCCACAGCAGCUACUGACGACCCUGGGCCACCUCUUCAGAAACUCUCGAAUGGUUCAGUUUCUCUUCACGAACAAGGACCUGGACUCGCUGAGAGGACUCUACCGCAUCAUGGCCAACGGUUUUGCGGGCUGCGUCCACUUCCCCCAUACCACUUCACCGUGUGAAGUGCGCGUGCUGAUGCUGCUCUACUCUUCCAAGAAGAAAAUAUUCAUGGGCCUGAUUCCCAACGACCAGAGCGGCUUCGUCAACGGCAUACGGCAAGUCAUCACCAACCACAAGCAGGUCCAGCAGCACCGAGCGCAGCAGUUGGGUGGAGGCGGGGGUCCAAUGCAGCCGGGUCAAGUUCCCCCCAACCAGAACUUCCUCAACAGACCCACGGGGCCGAUUCCCGUUUCCCACGGUAACGUGGGACAGCAGUCUGUGGUGGUGGGCAUGCCCCCCGUUAGUCAGGUCUCUAUUAUGGAGGAGCAGCAGAGGCAGAACAACAUGAUGACGAUGAGAGCGGCCGGGCCGGCCAAUCAGCAGCCGGCGGGCGGCGGGGCUCCGCCCAACCAGGUGGCCCAGGGCGGGCAGGCCCAGCCUCAGGGGCCCAUACUCCGCCUUCCCAACCCGGGAGCUAAUCCUCAGCUCCGCAGUCUCCUCCUCAGCCAGCAGCAGCCGCAAGGUGGGGUGUCUCACAUGCCCGGCAUGAUGUCUCACCAAGGGUUAGGGCAGCAGUUGGUCCAUCCAACACCAGGAGGGGGGGCUCAAAUGCAGGGCCAGUGGAGGCAACCGUUGGCAGGUCAGAUGUUGAUGUCUGGAGGUCAGAGAGGAGCCGUCCCCCAGCCCGGCAUGCCCCAAGUCUCCAGCGUCAUGGAGGAUGAAAUUCUAAUGGAUCUUAUCUAAUGGAGCGGCGAGGACUCAGGAACUUUGCGUUGAGAUGCAGCUCUGCAGCUCUGCAGCUCUGCAGCUCUGCAGCUCUCUUCCAGGAGGAAUAAAUCCGCUCUGUUUCCCCUCUUGCUGCAAAUGUUCAGCAUAAUUAAGAAACAAAUCAUGAGUAGUUUCUUUUUAUUUUUUUAUCCCGACAGGAGUGAGCAGCUGGAGUUAAUUAGGGGCAGACAAUGCCAGCUUUUAGUUUUUAUGGAAAUGGUCAAACCGUGAGCACGCUAAUCCUUCAUGCUACACACUGAUGGAGACGGUCAAUUAUGUCUGCUGAAACUCUACCCAUGUUUAAGUUUCAUGUCUUAUCAUUUACGUCUGAAAUGCUGUUGUUUUUUUCUCCCUUUUUAAUUAUUAUUGAAUCUUUUCUUAUUAAUUUUUUUUUAAAGAAAAUAAAAUCAAAUCAAGAAGCAUAGAUAGCUGAAGAA